CUCCUCAAAUUAGGGUUAAGAAAGAUUCGUGUGUGUCGUUGCAAUGGCUACUUCAACGUCUCUACUGUCUGGUAUUGCUUCUAGUACAAGGCAUGUCCCCUCAAAUUACAUCCGACCCCCAAGUGAUCGUCCAAAGCUUGAUGAAGUUGUGUCAUUGGAUGAAUCUAUUCCUCUCAUUGAUCUCCAAGACCUAAACGGCCCUAACCGCUCCAAAAUCAUUGAGGAGAUUGGCCAAGCUUGCCAGAAUUAUGGGUUUUUCCAGGUCAAGAACCAUGGAAUUUCUGAUGUGGAGAUAGAUAACAUGUUGAAGAUGGGAAGUGAGUUCUUCCAUUUGCCAGAAAGUGAGAAGAUGAAGAUGUACUCUGAAGAUAUGUUCAAGAAAAACAGACUCUCUACCAGUUUUAAUGUAAAAACUGAAGAGGUGUCCAGUUGGAGAGACUAUUUAAGGCUUCACUGCUACCCUCUUGAGGACUACAUCCAGGAAUGGCCAAACAACCCUCCCUCAUUCAAGGAAGAGGUUGGUGAGUAUUGCAGGAGUGCAAGAGGACUGGCACUGAAACUGCUGGAAGCAAUAUCUGAAAGUCUGGGUCUGGAGAAGGAUUAUAUCAAUAAUUCUUUGGGAAAGCAUGGACAACACAUGGCUAUCAACUACUAUCCACCAUGUCCACAACCAGAACUGACUUAUGGACUGCCUGGUCAUGCAGAUCCAAACGUGAUCACCAUCCUCCUUCAAGAUGAUGUCGGUGGAUUGCAGGUUCUGAAGGAUGGCAAAUGGGUUGCUGUAAAUCCCAUUCCUUAUACCUUCAUUGUCAACAUUGGUGAUCAAAUCCAGGCACUUAGCAAUGGUCAUUACAAGAGUGUGCUCCAUCGAGCAGUGGUGAAUUGCAGCAAGGAAAGGAUCUCUAUCCCAACAUUCCAUUGCCCGUCGCCAGACGCUGUGAUCGCACCAGCUGCGCCGUUGAUUGAUGAUGAUCACCCCGUUCUUUAUAAGAAGUUUACUUAUGCUGAAUAUUAUGCCAAGUUCUGGAACCGCGGCCUUAAUACUGAAACUUGUUUGGACGCAUUCAAGGUUGAAACUUGAAACUGUCCUAUCCCAAUUCCCAGCUGAACCUUUAUUCUCUCUAUGUUUUGUUUAUGAAGCUUGCCCUAAUAAUGAUGUACUUCUUCUGCGUCUAAA